AAGAAAGUCAGUGAAAGACAUAAAGCCAGAGUGUGGGAGAGAGAAAGGGGCGAAGAGAUGGAAAACGAGGGGAUAACAUAUGCUGUUCUGCCUAGGGAGGAGGAUGCUCUUCCCUGAUUCACGGCAUACCAGCCGUGCCUGAAGUCCUGAGCUCACGCCACAGUUAGGCCAAUAACAUUCCCUGGCAAUGCUUGACUCAUCCUCACAGAAAACACUCUGAUGUGUCAGGCCAUCAGAACCGAACCGAACCCGAAAACCGUGGUUAAACAACUGAGUAAAGUUGCAGUUACCGUAAUCCUAUAGACAUGGCAGGCAGGAAUCCAGCUAUUGUGGUGGUUGGUGCUGGAGUGGCAGGACUCGCUGCAGCCAAGAAACUGAAAGAAUAUGGAUUUAAUGACGUCACGGUGCUGGAAGCGUCCGAGAGGGUCGGAGGAAGAGUAGCUACUGCAAGUCUAGGUAAUGCAUGUGUUGAUACCGGAGCAGAGUACAUCCAUGGGGCGUCAGAAGAAAACCCAGUCUACUGUCUACUAAAAAAGUCUGGCCUUCUAAACCAGAUCCCUGAGAUGGGCGAAGAAGCAUUUUAUAGUAACAAGGGACACAAAGUAGAUGCAAACUUCGCCAGAUAUGCAUAUGGAGCUGGGGAAAGCAUCAUUCGAUACCGUGGCUCCAACACGGGAAAGAGUUUAGGUGAACACUAUGCAGAAAAAACCCAGGGUAUGAUUGACAGCUUGCAAGAAGACAAUGACAAGAGAACGAGAAUGCAGAGUAUUUUUGCUUUGGUCGGAAAAGACAUGCUGAUUGACGUUGGAGCUUCAGACCUCCACAGGAUCUCUCUUGACUCCUGGCAGUAUUAUAUCAACAUGGGUGACAGUCUCAAUAUUGCAGGUUUCAUGUUUCAGCUUGUGGAUAAGCUGCUGGAGGACUUCCCUAAAGAUCGUUUGCUGCUGAAAAGAGAAGUUAGUAAGAUCAAAUGGGAUGGAUCUUUUUGUGUUGCCCCUCCUCAUGAUGAACUUCUCCUCUCUGCUCACACUGAAUCUCCUUCUGAAGAAAAACUCUGCCAGUACCCAGUUUGCAUUGUCUGUGAGAAUGGAGAAGAGAUUGUAGCCGAUCAUGUAAUUGUGACCAUUUCAUUAGGUUGUCUAAAAGCACACGCAUCCAGCCUAUUCAUCCCCAGUCUCCCAACCGAGAAAAUGGAGGCCAUCGAUAAGCUGUGCUUUGGCAAUAUUGCCAAGAUCUUUUUGGAGUAUGAAGAGGCAUUCUGGGAAAGUGAUGUUGGUACUAUCAGCCUCAUUUAUGAAGAUGACACCCCUGCCUCAGUAUCCACCAAUAAAAUGCAGUGGCUCAAGAACAUGCAGUACUUUUCUGUCCUGAGACCCAAAGAAAGGUUUGGCAAUAUCUUAAUUGGCUGGUGUCCAGGAGACAUAGCUGACCUGGUUGAAACCAUGACAGACGAUGAACUCUCAACUGCGAUCACUGAUCAUCUCAAAAUGUUCUUAGGACAUUCAAACAUUCCUCAGCCGAAAUCCAUACUCUGCACCAAAUGGCGCAGCAACAAGUUCAUAAAGGGAACCUACGCUUUCCUCACCGUUGGUGUUGAUGGGAAAGUUAUGGACACACUGGCACAACCACUAGUGGGCAGCCAGCAUCCUAAUAAAGAUCAUCAGGUCCUGUUUGCAGGUGAGGCAACAAUGAAGACUCUUUAUGGCACAGUGCAAGGAGCUCUACUCUCAGGACACAGGGAGGCAGACAGACUGGCAGCACAUUAUAAGAAGACAGUGGCUCCCACUUCCGCUACCUCAUUGGACAAGCAAGUUUAGAGAGUUAAAAACGGUUCUUUGGGUGAUAGUGUCCAAUAACAGGGAAAUUACAGAGAAAGGUUUUUGACAGAGGAUGUGAUCGCCACCAUGAGGCUGCUCUGUGUAAAAUAAAAGAAUUGUAACAGUUUUUUUAAAGAGCAGAACUAUUUUAAUUAAGAAAAAGGCUGAGAUUUUAAUAUUUUACUGUUGUAUACUGUACUUUUUUAUAUCAUAUUCUAUGUAUUUUUG